GUUGCUGACUGCUUCUGCGAGCUUUCUUCUCGGGAUUGGCAGGCUGGGCUGGGUCGAAAGCAGGAGUUGACAUUUAUUAAUUUUGUAUCCCUGGCAGUGGCUUCGGUCAGAUCCCAGGUGCAGCAGGAGCCGUCACUGGAGACCACCGAGGGCACCAAUGUCACCAUCAAGUGCUCACACCCCAAUAUCCGGAUGGGCGAUUUCAUCCAUUUCUACCGCCAGCUGCCGGGCCAAAGUCCGCAACUCGUGGCGGUGACUGCCAAAGCGCCCAAGGAAGUGCGAUCCCCCGAAGGGCGUCUGUGGGUGUCGGCAGAUCGGCGCUCGAGCGCGCUGUGGCUCGGUUGGCCCCGGCGCGGGGACGCGGCCGUGUAUUACUGCGCGCUGGGCGCACGGGCAGAGGGGCCGGGGCUGCGGCCGGGCACGAACCGCCGCGGGCGGGGCCGGGCGGGGCCGGGGGCACAGCGCCGGCCGCGGCCAGCAGGGGGCGCUGCCCCGAGCCCGCCGGGCCCCGCGCGGCUCCGCAGCUCCUUGGUGUGCCCCGAGCCCGCCCGCAGCGACCCCGCACAGCCCCGCACGGGCCCGGACACACGCCUGCCGCCUGCCCCCUGUGCUUACACACUCGCCUGGACACACGCCUGCCGCCUGCCCCCUAAGCUUACACACUCGCCUGGACACACGCCUGCCGCCUGCCCCCUAAGCUUACACACUCGCCUGGACACACGCCUGCCGCCUGCCCCCUAA